AUGGAGAAGCCCGACUUUCCUCUGCCCGCCGGAAAGUAUCUUGUGACUGGAGCCAGGGAGGUGACUACUAGCCUGACGGUCUCCGAAAACGGGACGUGGCAGCUUGGGGAUGGCGCCAAGUUGUAUGACGUCACGCAUUUGCCCUGCCGCUCUGCUCGCUACACCCCGGCUUCCGGCGCAACCUGCAAACCCACCCAGGACUUGGAGCUCCAAUUCCCAGUUGUACCGGGGGCAGUCAUGCCGCCGCAAGCAGGUUGCAACAAGCAGGAUUACGCCGUGCUUUUUGUGAUCGGGGUUGCUGCCUGA